GAAGGUUUUAACCGGAAAAUGAGGUUUACUUCAGCGCCGGACUGAACUCUUAGUAAACUCACUAGUUGGUGGCGUUAUCUGGACUCUUGCUCAGUCAUGUCAAACAAGUGCGCCACUAACAGCAGUUUACUCAUCGCCCAAAAGGCAGUGAAACAGCUUCGUCUGGAGGCCAGUGUCCGUCGGAUCAAGGUUUCUCAGGCUGCUGCAGAACUGAAGAGCUUUUGCUUGCAGAAUGCCCAUAAAGACCCUCUCCUCACUGGCGUGCCCUCCAGCGAUAACCCUUUCAGGCCUCCCAAGUCAUGUGUCCUCCUCUGACUUGCCAACCGGUGAAGCUGAUGCCAAAUCGUUCCAAUGUGGAUCUUUGUCAUGUGCUGCUGUUCCUGAAGACACAAAACACACACAUUAUGUAUCGCACAGACCAGCUCCAAAUAUGACUUAAACCUGACUGUAAGAUAACCCCCCCCACACACACACACACACACAUAUAUUCACUACAAUUGUGCAAGGUAUUCUAUUUUAUCUUGUAUAUCACUGUGUAUUAGUAAUUAAAGUCAAUAUGGUUUGCUUUACAAAGUCUUAUAGUAGCUUCACACUACAUGGCUUAAUUGCUGUUUUGCUAUAAUGACCAUAUCCACUUUUUUUUACCAUAUCAGGAGCAAUUGUGGAUGUGGUUGAAUUUACAUGUCUCAAAAAUCAUCACAUCCAUCAACUGAUAAACGUUUCCAUGUGUUUACUUGAAUGUUUUAUGUUAUAAAUAAAUACUAUAAUUCAG